UUUAACUGAUUUUAGCGAUUGGGAAUUAAGAAGAAUCUAGAGAGAUAAGAGUCACAGUGUUUCCGCUACGCUUUGAUGGAAGACAGCAACAAGAGGUUGGAAUGGGGAAAAACGACAUGGAAACUACUUUCAGAGAUUCGAACUCAAUCACCGCUUAUUCAAUGCAUAACUAACUUCGUUUCAAUGGAUCUCAUGGCCAACACUCUUUUAUCCGCCGGUGCGUCGCCAGCAAUGGUUCAUUCCGUCGAAGAGAUUCCCGACUUCACUCCACGCGUCAGUGCUCUCUGCAUCAACGUCGGUACACUCUCUCCCGACUCUCUUCCCGCCAUGAUUACUGCCGCCAAGCUAUGCUCUCAGUUGGACAUUCCUUGGGUUCUUGAUCCCGUCGCUGUUUCCGCCUCGGCUUUCCGAUUCAAGGCUUGUGUUCAGCUUGUUAUUUUCAAACCUACUGUUAUUAGAGGAAAUGCUUCUGAAAUCAUCGCUCUUUCUUCCUCCUAUCAAUCCUCCGCCUCCGCCGCCAAGGGUGUAGACAGUACUCACGAUUCAAUGGACGCAGUUGAAGCAGCAAAGUUGUUGGCUCAUAUAAGUGGUUCCAUAGUUGCAGUUUCAGGGGCUACUGACAUUGUCACAGAUGGUUAUCAAGUUGUUGGCGCUCACAAUGGGGUGCCAUUGAUGCAAAAAAUUACAGCAACUGGGUGUUCUGUCACUGCACUCAUUGCUGCCUUUGUUGCAGUUGACAAAAGCCAUGCUUUAGAUGCGGCAGUAUCGGCCCUAUCUGUGUUUGGUAUUGCUGGUGAGUUAGGAAUGAAGAUGGCUAAAGGUCCUGCGUCGUUGCGAAUGCAUUUGAUAGAUGCACUCUAUGGGCUUGACGAAGCUACGUUACAGUCUCAUGUUAAUAUCACAAGCUUGUGUUGAAGUCUGAAGGUCUGCAUGCAUGCAAUACUUGCAAAUUGAUAAUUAUUAAUACAUUUUAUAUCUAUCAUUGCUCAUACAUGUCUAUCUUUCAUAUCCAUCAGUUGAAAAUGGAUCAUUAGUGACAAUCGAGACACUAGCUAGUAAAAACAGGAUGUAUGCCGCUGCUUUAAAAUUUCACCAAUCGGGUUUGUUUUUCAAAGUUAACUCCCCUUCAUUUCUCUUUGAUGUAUACAAUAGAUUUGUUGAAAGUUGUUCAUGAACUAUUGAGGCACUGCUAAUCAUAUGGAUGCUAUGUAGAGUUGUGUAUAUAUGAGAUAAUGAAUAACAUUUUCUUACAUUUCA